AUGGUGCUGGUAUGCCCUCACAACCUCUGCGGACUUGGUGGUUCGACUCAAGGCAUGUUUGCUCACAGGGCUGUCGCGAUUGGUCAACCUGCAAGGGGCCGUACUGUUCGUCAGCUUCCGAGUGAGAUCUUGUCAGGCUAA